UUUCCUUUGUGGAUCCACAGCCCAGAGGGAGGGAGCGAGCAAGAGAGAGCGACUCGUCCCUCCACCCUCCCGGCUCCGCCAGUUAUGAAGAUGACCAGCCAGAAAUGGGAAAGCAAAGACGAGAAGAAGCUGCUGAAGCCGCUGAUGGAGAAACGGAGGAGGGACAGGAUGAACCACAGCCUGGACCGCCUGCGGGUCCUGCUCCUUGAAGCCACCCGGGACGAGAGACUUAAAAACCCUAAAGUGGAGAAGGCAGAAAUUUUGCAAAAAACAGUUCAGUUUUUGAAGACGCAGCCUUUAUCAGAGACGAAGCACAAAGAAGACACUCUUCUGCAAAGGUACCACAGUGGCUACAGGGAGUGUCUCACGCAAGCAACCCACUUCCUCCGAGCCAGCCCGGGCAUCUGCACAGGCAAAAAGGCCUAUCUGAUGGAGCACAUAUGUCACUGCAUGGAGAAAAUAACAGCCAGCCCCCGGCCUGAGGUCCUUCGGCCACCUUCGGCCGCUGCCAACCCCAGCUACGAUCCACAGCAGCGGUAUAGCCCAGAUGUGUUUGCUGGGUGCAGCCCACCCCUGGGAGACCCUGCAUAUGUGCUGCACCCACCUCCCACCAGCUACCCCGCUGGCCCAGGACUGCAGGCCCACAUGACCAGUGUGGCCCAGCAAGGCAGCUGCAGCAGAUCGCAACAGAACAAACUCUCGGAAACACGGAACUCCACUGCGCAAUCUCCGCAGGCGCUGAAUGUGUGGAGACCCUGGCCUUGAAGGAUCUUUUCCCUUGCAAUCCCCUUGUAAAUUUAUAUUAGAUUCUCUAUAUAUUGUAUAUUAUGGGUUUUAUGUUGCCAAAGAUUUGGAGUCUCUUUUCUGGGGUGGUGGUGGUGGUAGCAUUUUUCUUUCACUUUUCCUGUACUCACUGGCAAAAGAGUAUUUGUUGUUGUUUUUUAACUGCCCUUUUACAUCUCAUAAUUAGGCCUAAUCAAGUGAACCUAGGCUAUGAAUAUGGAAUCAUAUGCCUGGAGGGCAUGGGGUUGGGGAACAUGGGGUGGUGUUUUGUUUUCAUGUACAUUCCCUAGAGUGGAGGGCUGCUUUUUUUAAAAAAAAAAAGAAACCAAGACAGAACGUUUCUGGAUCCUGGCUUGAUUUUAAAUAAAUGA